CGACACUGUCACUAUUUGCACAAAUUUUUUUCCCCUCUCUCUCUCUCUCUCUCUCUCUCUCUCUCUCUCUCUCAGAGUAAGAGAGAUUCAGCUCUCUAACAUAAUUAGUAAACCAAAGAUCUCCUCUUUUUUUUUUGUCAAUUUAGGUUUUUCUGGAGAAUUCCAGUAAAUUAUUAUCUUACUGGCGAAUCAUAUGAUUGUAGCUGCAUUGGUGUAAUAAGAUCAGAUGAAGAUGGUACAGGAAACCCAGAGCACGGGAGAAGCAAAGCCGCCGACACCGGCUACAAACGAAGCACAAAGUAACCAGCAAAAUGCCGUGGGCUCUGAGGCUCCUGCAGCAGAUUCUGUCUCAGCAUCGGCGGCAACUAAUGAUAGUAGAAAAGUCUCUCGCGAAGACAUUGAACUUGUCCAGAAUCUGAUAGAACGGUGUCUACAAUUGUAUAUGAAUAGAGGAGAAGUGGUUCGGACUCUCUCUACUCGCGCUAGAAUAGAACCUGGCUUUACUACUCUCGUAUGGCAGAAACUGGAAGAAGAAAACUCCGAGUUUUUCCGGGCUUACUACAUAAGGCUGAAAUUGAAACGACAAAUCAUCAUGUUCAAUCAUUUAUUGGAACACCAAUACCACCUUAUGAAGUACCAAGCGCCGCCGAAGAUUCCGCUGGCUCCUAUACAAAAUGGGAUUCAUCCUAUGCCUGUUAAUAAUUUACCUAUGGGUUACCCGGUUAUUCCACACCCUCCGAUGCAAGCUCCGGGGCAGCCUCACCUCGACUCUAUGGGUUGCGGACUAUCCAGCUGUCAUGUCGUAAAUGGAAUACCCGCACCGGGCAGUUUCCACCCAAUCCGAAUGAAUUCCGGAAAUGAUACCGCGCCAGAGGCCGCGCCAGCUGCCCCUCCAUGUGGUGCCAUGUCGUCGAUGUCGGAGAUGGCCGUGAGCCCCACAUCGGUGGCAUCAAGCAACCAUUUUCCUUUCACCCCGACCGAGAUAUCGGGGAUGGGGAUGGAUGCAUCCAUGCUCGAUGCCGCAUUCACAUCCGAUGUCGGAAAUGCGAGCUCUUUACAGCUAGGACCAGAUGGGGGGGUCGGAUCCUCGCGCGACUCCGGUCGAUCUCUUGGGCAGCUCUGGAACUUCAGCCUCUCGGAUCUAGCAGUAGAUAUGUCGAACUUGGGUGACUUUGGAGCUCUUGAGGACUACACUGGCUCUCCGUUCCUCCCGUCAGACUCGGACAUCUUGCUCGACUCCCCAGAUCAGGAUGACAUAGUCGAGGAGUACUUUGCCGAUACGGUCGCGGAACCCUGCUCCCAAUCGGAUGAGGAGAAAUCAUAGAUAACUUUUCGCCAAUACAACUCGAAGGAUGACGUCUCUCGGUUAAUAAUCUUCGUGAUGAAAACAAGUCGAAUUAGCAACAAAAUGCAUGUAUGGGUCUAUAUUAUUGUUUCUGUUUAGGAAUUUUGCAGUGACUGAUGUAAAAUCAAGCAAAUAAUCAAGAUAUAGGCAUCAGCAGUUUAAUACUUGUCGCGAAAACAUGGUUAAAUAAGUUAAAGGUGGUGACAUUUAUGAUAUCAUAUGCAGUCUAAAUUGCAACUUACUAGUAUUAAGAUCUUGUUUGAUUUGGCACUUCA